AUGCCCGGCGACGCCCGCAAGAAGGGAGGCUCCUACUCCACCAAUCCCAACACCGUCCGCACCCGGGCCUACCAGGCCUCGCAGACCCCGGAGCAGGCCGCCGCUCGCCGGGAGAAGUUCGCCGAGUACCGCUCCCUCCGCGACAACUGCCUGCGUGUCUACAAGUCCGACGACUUCAAGGCCGCCGUCACCCGCGACGCCCGCGUCGACAUCCUCCGCAAGUCGUGCGAGCAGCUCAUGGCCAACCGCGCCGCUGCCCAUAAGGUCAUGUGCGGCACCGACGUCGAUGAGUACGUCAAGCGGUUCCACGACUCCCGCUGGCUCAAGCGCCAGAAGGCUAAAGCUGCCGGCGGCGCUGAGUCGGACAGCGACGACGACUCCGCUGCUUCCAACAGCGGCUCCCCCGUCCCCGCCGCGCAGCUCCAGCGCGACCUCGCCGAGCAGCAGCAGACCGUCGCGCAGCUCGUCCGCAACCAGGCCGCCAUGACCACGCAGCUCAACAGCAUCAGCGGCCAGGUGAUGCACCUCACCGAGGUGGCUGUCCAGCAGCAGGCCCGCAUGAAUGACAUGGAGGCCCAGUCCCAGCGCGACCGCGACGCUCUGCGCGCCGUCCUGCAGGUGCUUGCUGACACGGUUGGUUGA